GCACGGCGCGUCGUGGAGCGAUGGUGUUUGGAGGAUCGAGACGUUAGUUUAUGAAAGGCAAAAGAUACGGAGAGGGACCCCGCAUCCAACGGAGAAUAUGAGCAAAGAGGGCUCGUCAUGCCGACCCGCUUCUUUGAAGUUUACCAUUGACAAUAUCCUUAGCUCCAAGCCGAGUAGCAGAAACUUUGACAGCUGUCAUUCAAACACAUCGCGUGUAGUCUGUCGUGAUGGAUGUCUGCAUCACCCGGGAGAGAUUGAGGAUCCACGCAAAGAAGGAUCAGAUGCAAAUCUGCAUGUCAUUGAUAAGGUCAACCGGGAUGGCGGCGUGGACGAGCUCAAAACCGUCGAUACACGCAGCGAGAGUACGGACAGCUGCGACGACACGCAACAGAAAAACGGAAAGAAGAAUAAACUGAUGACGAAAAAGAAAACGCGCACUAUAUUUUCCAAAAGACAGAUUUUUCAGCUGGAAUCUACGUUUGACAUGAAACGCUAUCUGAGUAGCGCGGAGCGCGCGUGCUUGGCGAACUCUUUGCAGCUCACCGAGACUCAAGUCAAAAUCUGGUUUCAGAAUCGACGGAAUAAAUUAAAAAGGCAACUGUCAACUGAACUGGAGGGACCGACUAGCGAUUUCGGCGAUAUCGGAAAGACGGUACCUCUUCCGGCUAUAUAUAAAGAGAAUAGUCUGAUUGGAAGAUGCAUGCUUCCAAUGCCCCUGCCAGUCGUAUAUCCUGGAGGUAGCGCGCCUUACUUUUAUUUCUCAAACCCCAGCAAGUAUUUCAGCCUGUUCGAUGGAGAUAUAUGACUCACAAAACUUAAACACAGAGACAGUUUUCUUAGCUUCUCCUAAAAAGCUGACAGGACUGGCCUGCUUACAUUUUGAUAAGCUUUGGUCUGUUUAUGUGAUUGCUCAAAAUCUUGAGCGUCAGGAAAGGAGCUGGCCUACAUUUUUCUAUGCAAAUCCGAAUUUAUUUAUUGUAAUCUGUAAAAAUUUCAUUAAAAAUAUAACACCUAGAAUAUUCUACCCAGUUGUGUAGAGUGAGCAGCCAUACUGACAGAAAUGCCAGUGCCAAUCACCCUGGCAGGGAACUAUAGCCUAACACAAAUUUACUGUUUACACUAUAUUAUUAUUAUUAUUUUAUUAUUAUUACAAACACAUUUU